AUGCCCAGGACCGUCAAGCAGAUUCUCCGAAAGAAGGAGUCCGAGCGAGCCGCCAAGGAAACCGGGGAAACCGGGGAAACCCCACGAAGCUACCCAGUCCCUCCAUCCCAAUUGAUGCACACUGCAGUCGAGGAAACGCCCAAUGAAACGCCCUCCCACUCUUUCAAUGAAACGCCCUCCCACUCCUUCGAUGAAACGCCCUCCAUUUCUUCGCCUGCCGCGCUCCGCUGCCCGCCAUCGGGCGUUUCAUCCUCGCCGGUGGUUUCAACGAGUUCUCGGAAGGGGAGUCGCGUGGUGCUGCCCUUGGAGCUGAACUACAGCCACUCCGAGCGUCCUCGCGCGACCCACAUCCACGAGUCCAUCGAGACGGCUCCGUCCAACGCGAUCUCCCUCCAAGCCGCGCUGUCUCUGCAGACCUCCGACGCUCUCCAGCGCGACGACACGCCCCCUCCGCCCGCGCCGCUCGCCAUCGACCUUCUCCACGCCCCCGCGCUCUCCCUGGCGCGCGACGCGCGCUCCGUGCCCCUCGCGCCGCCCCCAGGAUUGGAGCCAGUCCCGCGGAAGCCGGCGCCGCGGCCGACGAUCUCGCCGUGGACGAAGCAGCCGCUGGGCGGCGGGGCGGCUCCCGCGGGGAGCGCGGGGUACAGCAGUCGGAUCGGGUGUGCGGUGGAGCGGAGCGAGGAGGAGAGCGCGCGGGAGAGCGUGUGGGGCGUGCGGGCGCCGCAGAACGCGGUGUCGCUGGCGAGCCUGCUGGAGAGCGAGCGGAGGGAGGAGGAGAAGGCGAGGCCCGCGGCGAAGAAGGGGAAGAACGUGCAGUGGAAGACGGUGGACCUUGCCGCUCUCGCGCAGCCCGCGCAGCCCGCGCGAUUCGCGCAAGCUAAUGCAGCGAAUGCAGCUACUGAUGCAACCAAUGGAUCCAAUGGUACCAGGGGAGAUGGGUCGUCCUUGAGGAUCGGUGCGGGCAGUGGAGAAAACGGACUCGGUGGAAGCGGGAAGAAAGGACUGGGAGGAAAUGCCGGAGGAAGUCACGUGAUCUCGUUCAAGGAAAUCCAGAGACAGCAGCAGGAAGAAAAGGAGAGGCAGAAGCAGAAGCAGAAGGCGGAAACGCAGAAAGGCUGGGGAUCGGUGCUUCGGCAGAAUGUGGUCCCCACGUCGCUGAUUGCGAGAGAAAAGAAGGAGGAGGAGGCGAAGCAGACAACGCAGACGAAGCAAACGAGCGAAAUGAAAGAACCAGUGAGAAGCUCAAGUUUUUUGGAUGGAGCGAAGCAAAAGGCGGGAAAAGUGGAGACGCGAAGAAUGGAGGGAACGGAGAAUUCCGAUGCGUUCGAAGAGUGGUGUAGAGACCAAAUGAUGGAGCUGUAUGGAAGCGACGAUAUUUCCCUGCUCGAAUUUUGCAGAGAUUUGGACGACAGCCAGAUCUUGCUCUAUUUGCAGGAUCUGCUGGGAACUUCGAAGCGAGUCACUGCAUUUGGGAAAGAGUUUAUUCGGAGAAAGCAUAUGUAG